GUUUCUCAAAGGCCUCCACCACCUCGUCAGGCAGGCACCCACGAUGGGCCACAAGAGCUACGUGAAUCCCACGUUGGAUGAAGAUAACGUAGCCAGCGCCACGUCCCGACCAGUCCGUCGCAAGGGCAGCGACUUACCCGACGACGACCACCCCAACGAACGCUCUCCGCUCACGAGUGGUCGCGAAGACCGCAAGAAAGACCGUCCUUUGCCAUGGACCAAACACCAAAGCGUUCGACGGGCUAUGAUGGCGGUGGCUGUGAUUGUAGGUGUGGCAAUUCUACUUGCUGUCUCCACGGGGGCGUUUCUUAGCAACGACGUCAGUAAACCGUUGUUGACAACUUCACCAAGGAUGACCACUCCACCAACGGAAGCGACGGAUGUGGUGGACGGCGUUCCUGACGUCCACGAAGGAGGACACGAACUUGCUCAAGGUGGCAACAUGGACAACGUACUACUACUACCCACGAUUGUCGCCCCUUACAUCCCCCACGAUGUCGAUCAAGACCUUUCGCUUAGUCAGUUGCUCGCGUUGUGGCAACUCCCACAAGAUGCUAUCGACUUGAUGACGUAUCGUGAAUGGUCCGACUUGCACACGUACAUCGCAGCGGCCGCCGCGAAUUUUGGUGCCCAGCAUGGUCAUAUUGAGAAUAAACUAUCAACGGAAGGCAAGGACAGCAACUUGCUUGCGAACGAUGCGUCUGCCACUUUGAUAGUAUUCCAUCGCAUCCUCGGCGAAAUUCAACUCAAGCUCGAUGCCAUGCAACAGCAGCUCAUAGCCGCAGACGAAGGUGCCACUGACGGGACAAAUCAACCCUCUGUCGAAAACGAACCCCCGAUCGCCCAUCCCACGACUCCCCCUGUUCCCAUUUCAACUGGAACUACUGCUGCGGUUGCUCCAACUACUCCGAUUCCAACUACAACUGCCCCUAUUCCAACAGCGACCACUACCCUCCCUCCAACAAGUAGUACUACCCCCCCUCCAACAACGACCACUACCCCCCCUCCAACUACAACUAGCCCCCCAGCAGUGACUCUACCCCUCGCCACGUCUGCGGCAGUCCAUCCCCCAGUUCCAUCACUCGACUAUCAAAAAGGUCUCGCUCUAUGGCUCCAAGCUGACAAAGGCGUCGAAUUCGUCGGCUCUUGUGGCCCCGAAAGCUCGCAAUGCUACGUCAAGCAAUGGAAGAAUUCUGCCGCCGCAACGUCAUCCUCGUCUUCGUUUUACCCGGCCAACUUGGCCAACCCCACAACGUUUCCGGUGUGGCUGCCCGGUGUCCGCAACGGCCUCCCGACUUUGCAUAUGACGUGUCCGAUGGUGUACUCGAACGGGGUCUUGCUACGUGAUGGCAUGACGCUGUUCUUUGUCUUGUCCCCCGCGCAUCUAAGCGACGACCCAACCGACUCGAAGCUCCAGAAGUUUUUUGGCCAUGCUCCGUACGGCCAACUUCGCUUCCAAGCCCGCAAAGCCGGGUAUGGCGGUACGUCUGCCGUCGUCGCCGAGGACAACCACGGGAUCGGGCAAGGCGAGUUUGCCGUUCUUACGUAUCGCAUGGACAAGCAAGUGUCCAUUCAAGUCAAUGGGAUGGGAUUUGGUUCCGAGUCCCCUAUUAUUGUCCAAAGUAAUAAUGGCGGGGGAAUUGCCAUCUCGGCCACGGAGGCCACAACGUUGGGCAACGUCAAGUCGUUCUGCGACGCCCAUGCCUUUCACGGUCGGAUGGCCGAAGUGCUCGUGUUCGACAACGUCCUAAGUGACAACGCCAUCGACGCAGUGCACUUGUACUUGCACCAAAAGUGGGCCAUUCCCAAAGGUCCUUGUCUGCCAAAACAGCAGCCAGCUAGCUACAGUACCUGCUAACUAUGUUCGUCAUAUGUAAUCGUCGUUCAUAGGCAUUUCUCGAGCCAAGUCGUCCCCUCAACAAAGCGUGUCGACGCCGCCGUCGCUAGUUGUAGACAGUCCUCAUGACAAGGCGCCGGUGGAGGAGAAGCUCCCGACCGACGAGCCGACGACCGCACAGCCCUCUGAUCGAAGCCAUGGACGAGGUCCGUACAAUCGCGACGACGUGUUCAAGUGGCAGCCGCCGCCGGACGCCGACCCAGCCCAAGUGGCGCUGUGGAAGGAGGCGGUGGCCGACAAGAUCCGCAGUGUCGAGCGCUUUCAAUUCGGCGGCAAGAUCCUGCACGAGUUCAUCGACACUCUCAAGACUGAGCUCAAUACCUUGCGCGACACUUGGUUUGGCUGAACUCGAGUUUUCAGUUGACUUUUCAAGGAGUACAGUAAUAAAUUCGGGAGAAACUACCAGUAAACAUAGGCUGGGUGAGACUAUACUUUACAAAAUAUAGUAUAUACGGCGAGUUUGCACAACGUGA